UAACCACCCGCAAACACCAGAAACUAGAACAUCGGUUGAUGAUGAGUUUGUCUCGAUCACCGAAAAAACAAUGCUGUCGUGCUAUGUGCAACCGAAAGUUUUAUUCCAAUUGUUUCUCAGGCCACAGUCAACACCAGCAAAACUUUCAUUCGAUCCCACACAAAUAUUUAUUAGAAGUACACAUUUACCCAACGUGACCUAGAAGAAAACCCAUGAAUUCAUCGAUCGGAAAAGAACACUUUGUCGGGCUUUUGCUAGCUGUAAUUGCUCUCAUUGCACCGCCGGUCUCUUCUGAACAAAGACAACCGUUGCUGCGUGGCCUCGAAAACGAUGAUUUGGUACGUAUAGGAAUCAAAAGGCAAAAAUUGGCCAUCCAGCCAUCGGCAUUUCAGAUUUGGAUGUUCUUCAGCACACAAUCCAUCCCAGUUGAACUCAUUUCUUUCUUUGAAUAAAAAAACGAUAAAAUACAAGCAGCCUCAUCGGAAACCCAGAAUUGUGGGUGGAGAAACUGUGGCGAAUCCGCAAGAACGUUACCCAUACUUUGCUGUUUUUCAUGACAAAAUCAUGUGUGGUAAGUACGAAUGCUACGUGCAGUCCUAUAAUUAUUGAACAGAAGUGCUAUCUUGCAACAGAUCUGGAAUGCGAAUACGCUUCUACUGUCYCCUUUUCAAUGGCUGUACAAUUUCUUACUCUUUCAUUUUCUGAAUCGGCACAGGAGGAGCUUUGAUUUCGAAGCGGUGGGUCAUCACCGCAGCGCAUUGCGCAGGUGCAAGUAGUUCUUUUGAAAUCAAUGGGAAGCAUUACACCCAUACAAGAGAAGUAUUGCAUUCCGGGUACGAUGAUCGUCACAUGAACAACGACAUCGGCCUAUACCAAUUGAGCGAAGACCUUAUUGAUACUCCCUAUCUGCGAAUGAGUCCAGUGAAGAUUACAGAGUUGUCGUCAUCUAUGGCUGUGAUCGGAAUCGGUGACACCAAGGCAUAUUUGCACAAAACAAGGAAAAAAGAGACGGCUCCUCUAGAAUUGAAACUAGCCGAGCUCGAUCUCGUCGGCUUCGCGGAUUGCGUUGAACCAUAUGUGCCACACGGAGACGCAGAAUACAUCGAUCCUGAUAGCAUGAUUUGCGCUCAGAAGCUUGGUGGAGAUAGGUAUGUUGAGUUGCAUUGUGUCKCAAAGUAAUACAAAGAAUCGGAAUGAUCUCUUUGCUUCUCACACGCUUACUUUUUUUACCUAAAUGACCAACAGUUGCCAAGGAGACUCCGGUGGCCCAAUGUUUAUCCCGGAUGCUCUCGAUCGACCCGAUCAAGAUCUAUUGGUAGGGCUUGUAUCUUGGGGAUACGGGUGUAGCGACAUGGAGUUUCCAGGCGUGUACACGCGGGUUUCGUAUCACUACGAUUGGAUUUUAGACAACAUUUGUAGCGUCGACCCCGAGGGUGCUCCGGAGUAUGUCGAUUGCAAUACCAUUAUCAAUGGGUUGGUUACAAGUGUUCCGUCGACUUMUUUUCCGACCAUCCCAGUCAAUCAGGAAGSUUCGAUUCCUGAAGCUGUGAUUACUCCCGACGUGGAGGCCUACACACCAAAAGCAACCAAUCCACCGAUCAAAAGACCCCCCAAAAUGCCCACGAACCCACAAGCAAUGAAUCCACCGAUCAAUCGUCCCGCCAAAUUGCCAACGAACCCACAAGCCGACCGACCCGCUAAAUUACCCACGAAUCCACAAACCAAACCUCCCGCCGGAAAAGAAAUGUACGACGAAAUCAACUGUCCCGCAGUUUUCCCAAGGAGCGGAACGCCAUGCGUAAUGGUUGAGCCUUACAAAUACAAGAAGUGCAUGUACUACGAAAUGGGUCCCGAUGUGUCUUGCAGUUGUCGAUAUGAUUCAUUAUAUUACAUCUGCACCGGCAAUUUUUACACCAAUGUUCCGGAUAUAAGCGUCUAUUCAAAAAGGGGUUCCAAAAAGAAAAAGGAUGGCUUUUUGUCCUUUUUGAUGGAAUGGUUUGGCGGUAUCUAAACCACAUCUCAUCUGCCACGGCUAAGCUACCYUYGUGKCAUUUUACAAAUAAUGACUUUCUAUUUGGAACGAUUGAUUCAAGGUGCGACUUUUUGGUGUCGUAAGAUAACAAUCCAUUUGUAGGCCAUUGGUGCAGUUCGCUCUGGUUGAAGUUCCUACCUUUAUUUGGAGACAUUCAUUUCUCGCGCCUCGCAAUAUAAAACAUUGAGGGGUGCUAUAUUAUUAUACUGUAAUACCUCUACUAAGAAAAAAUUAAGAUUGUA